AAAGAUUUUCCUUUUUGUGUGUGGUUCCUUCCAGGACUAGUGCCAGCUUACCUCUCGGGGUGGGCGGGUUUUGGUCGAUUUCCUUCUCAAAAGGCAAGUCCUAUGGACGAGGAUUCAUCGUCCCUUCGCGAUCUUGUUGUUGUUGCUUGGCUUGGCUGUUAUUAAAGUUUCUACCUUUGAGCCCCAGAUUGGUUUUGCUUGUGGUGGGCAAGCGCAUCUAUACACACUCCUCGCUUUUCGACGCCAUCGACGCGCAACUCCGUUUGAGGACUCUUGGGAAGCCCUCCCUGUACGUGACUACUGGGACCUCCACCAAGCUCUUCAAGUUCCAGGAUCAGUUCCUCUGUAUUGGGCAAUCUCUAGACCUCUGUAGAUUAUCAGCCUGAUUCACAACUUGUUGCAGGUGCAAGAAUUCGACUGCAGAUUUUAAUCGUGAUUGACACGAUUCCUGGUUUGAGGGCAUCUGUUGGUGUUUCGAGCUAACAGGCUCCUUUCUCCCUGCUCGAAGUUUCACUUACUUCAACAUGUGGUUUCUAUGGAUCCAGACUUCCAAAGUUGGAAUCUGAUCACUCGCGUCAGUGCUUCUCAGCUCCCUUGUUUGCCGUUAUGGAGGAGCAGAACUCGUGGCUCAGGACCAAGUUCUCCAAUACUGUCUAUGCUAGGGUGGAUCCCCGGAGAGUACCUGUUGCUCCGCUUAGCAAGGAUGUUGAGCGGAAACUGCACAAAUUCUUCAAGAUGAAGAAGACUGUAUCGAUGCCUGUUGAUCGGGAUGAUGGAGACACAGGGACUGCAUUCAAGCACUGUGCUAGCUUGCCGCUAGUUCGAUCCCAGCCUCAGCUUGACAGGGAAAAGGUCAACAAGCCCGAGAGGGCGAGCCUGGAGAUUCCUUCAAGCUCCCAGAUGAUCUCAGAGAGUUGCAAGACUCCAAAAGCAAGGAGCCUGGUCAAGACCCCAAGUUCGAUGAUGCUCCUGAGCUACUUGAACAAGUCACCGUCAAAUCAAGGGCAUAGUUCUCACAAGGCUUAUGGAUCCAGACCGAGAUCGAAGUCCCCCCUUCCUAGUAUUGUGCCUUCCGAAGUGUUUAGGGAAGCAAAGUCUAGCAGCCAGAGGUUUGCAAGCCCUCCUCCACAGCGAGGAGGAUCUGCAAAGAGUAUAUAUGGCAAGUCAUUUGGUAGGCAGGUCUCUGAUAUGGGUCAAAGUCCUAGAUGGCGCUCAACUCCAGUUGUAUCUGGUAAGCACAAGUCUCAAAAGGAUAAUGCUUGGACAAGGAAAUACAGUGGUGGAAGGAGGGUUAGUGCAGUGAACCCUGCUGAUGAUCGAAGGGCACAGAUGGUUAGAAUGAACCAGGCAGUGCAGACGACAGUUGAUUGGACACUCGAUCCGUCCAAGCUGCUCGUGGGGCACAGGUUUGCUAGUGGAGCAUAUAGCCGGCUGUACAGGGGGUACUAUGAUGAUAAUCCAGUUGCGAUCAAAUUUAUCCGCCAACCCGAUGAUGACGACAAUGGGAAGAUGGCUGCAAUGCUUGAGAAGCAGUAUAACAGUGAGAUCAAUUCAUUAUCUCACCUGUACCACAAGAAUGUGAUCAAGCUUGUAGCAGCCUACAAAUGCCCACCAGUUUUUUACAUUAUUACCGAGUUCCUUCCUGGAGGCUCAAUAAGGUCAUACCUAAACAAUCCAGAGAACCACCCCAUCCCUCUAGAGAGAACCAUAUCCAUCGCUCUGGAUGUCGCUCGUGGCUUGGAGUACAUACAUUCUCAGGGGAUCGUUCACCGUGACAUCAAGCCCGAGAACAUUCUCUUCGACGAGAACCUCUGCGUGAAGAUCGCUGAUUUCGGCAUUGCCUGCCAGGAGGCCUUAUGCGAUGUGCUCGUGGAGGACGAAGGCACUUACAGGUGGAUGGCGCCCGAGAUGAUCAAGCAGAAGGCGUACAACCGAAAGGUCGACGUCUACAGCUUCGGACUGCUCUUGUGGGAGAUGGUGUCCGGUAGAAUCCCUUACGAGAACCUGACCCCUUACCAGGUGGCUUACGCAGUAGCCAACAGGAAAUUGACGCCAACAAUUUCCCCAGAAUGUCCACCGGCCCUCAGAUCCCUGAUUGAGGAGUGCUGCGCCUUGCGGCCUGACAAGAGGCCCGACUUCUGGCAGAUCGUGAAAGUGCUGGAACAGUUCCACUCCGUUCUCUUGCAGGGUGGCUGCCUCGACAUACCGAAGAGCGGCCCCGGCACCUGCCAGGAUCCCAAGAAGCGGCUCAUGCGGUGGAUUCAGAAACUGAAGCCGAAGCAUAGCGCCUGAAUAACUAAACUCUUAUAGUUGUAGCAUCGUUGCAGCCGCAGUUUUUGUCAGGUUGGGUAUGCUCAGUAGUUUAGAUCUCGAUUCAAGGAACCAGCGUUCCAAGGAUGCUCUUAGCUGUGCAUCCGCUGAUCUGCAAUAUAGAUCUUACAGUACAUGGUUAUGCUUUUGCGUUUUUGCCUUCUCCCUUGUUGAAUUUAUCAUGGUACCGUAGCAUGUGCCUCUCACUCGUUGAGGUGGAAGCAUCAGGAAAAGCAAAAGGGCGUAUGCUUAAUACAAUUCUUGCGCCUUUCCGUUCUGUUA